UUCCUGCCAAGAGCAGAAACAAUGUCUCAGAUUAUCUUUCAUUGAAAUUUCCAACCUCACUUAUAGAAAACAUGAAAUCAGCACCAGAAAAGUGAACAAUACUGAUUGAUCUUACUCUGUCCACACACCAGACACACAGUAUAAGAGAAGUGACACGUCAUACUUACAUGUAGCUAUUUAUAGCCUUCAUCUUGGCGCAAAGUUGAACGAUCAAUAUCUUCGAACAGUAAUUUAACUUUAACAUAUUUUAGAAAUCUUUUUUGAAGUGGGAAUUUUAUUUAAAUAAAGCUGUUUUAAACAUGUAAUAAUUGGUAGUUACAGUGAAUGAAUGUUCCAAGAAAUAAUACCAAGUUCCGGUAAUGCUUUGCUGUUGCUUGGAAACCGGUUGUUAGAGGGCAAGCACGUGGCAGACGCGAUAGCUAACCCGGCGAUAAUUAUUAAAACUGUGGCAAAGACUGCGUCAGCAACAACACCCACUGGUGAAGAAAGCUGCAAUAAACUUCGAUGAGCUUUGAAAUUCUUCACACAGAGAUCACGGUAAUACAAAAUGAGCUGCCAGUUGAUAUCUACGUCCAAAGGAUAUAACAUCGUCUGCGAAUUUCUUCGCAUGGCAUCGUUUAGCGUCUACUUUCAUCCACAGAAUGGCUCACAAACACAGGUUGUUAACUGUCUACUAUUCAAUGAGACGGAAUGUUUCAACGGUGUUGGCUUUGUCUACGAAAAAACAGUUUCUUCUGCAGCUUACAUAUCAAUCCCUGACACAUUCGAACGGACGCCCGGGAAAUUCGUGUGUCAAACGGAAGAUUCAAGUGCAGGAAACACCACAUCCUGUGUCUGGCCACCAAAAAAUACGGAAGUUCCCGAAAACGUCUUUACAGAAGAAGCCUCGCUGACUUCUACAGAUCGUAUUUUGUUUAUUGCUGGUAUCGUCACUGGCGCUCUUCUCUUGCUGGGGUUGCUCGUCUUUCUGCGUAGAAAGAACAGAACACAAAUUUUCGAAAUGAUUUCAAGAAUAAAGAAAUUGGCACUUCGCCUCUGUAGCAUGUGCUUUCACACACAAAGCUCAAGGGAGAUAACUCCGAAAAGCAUCCCUUUGAGAGAGACACCAUCUUCUUCAAGCAAUCCUCUCUUGCAAGAAUCUGUGGACAACAAAAAAGACAGCACUUGUGAAUAUUUUACAUCUGAAGAAGUUUGAGAAAUUGUUGAAAGAAUUUUGAUCGUUUUCUACAUCUGAGUGCAAGAUGGAGACUAACACUAUAUUAAUGAGUUUCACAUCUCAUUACCACAGACACGCUGUUACUACUCAGAAAAACGGAAUAGUUUGUACACUAGAGUCUUGACACUUUCUCGGUUCUGUUGAUUCUAGUCCAAAUUUAUUGCCAAAAGCAGUGGCAAUGGAUGAAAAGCUGCUAGAGACAAUUAUUAUACUCAACAAUCACUCGUUUAUGGAGAAAAAAGUCUGCUUGGACUUGUUUACAAACAAUGUGUGAUUGUAAUUUUUUAAAGACACGCCAUGGCAGCAUAAACUUAUCAAACGAUGCGCUCUCAUACAUCAUUAGGCAUUUGUAAAUAUUUUUUACUAAGCAGACUUGAGAACACAUUUCUUUCAAAAUGUGUCAUCUGAGAAAGCUUUAAAGAAAAAAGUUUUUAAUAUAUCAACACUCUCUUCACGUAUGUAGACAUCGCUUCAUUCUCUGUAAUCACUUUUGUUUGUGCUUACACCAAUUGCAUCACUUAAUUUUUACAUGCACCAGUAAAUAAGGACAUAUUCAAUAAUUUUGAAGAAAUUCACAUAAAUGUUCAUUUUUAAAUAUAUAAAAAUUAUGGGUUAUAACCUUUUUUUCAACUGUCUGUAACACAUUCAGGCGCUUAGAAAAAUUUUGUUUUUCGCACGAAAACGAUUGUAGUAAUGAAACACUUUUAUAUAUAUAUAUAAAUGAGUCAGACAUUUUAUGUAUGCAUAGAAUAAGACAGAGGGAAAGACAGAGGGACGAGGAGAGAGGUAACGACAGAGAAAAAAAGAGAAUUGAAUGAAAAGCUGUACAGAGAGUUAUCUGCCUUUGCCCACAUAUACAUGAAUCAUCCAGUCAUUUAUUUUUCUUGUCAUGGAUCCAAAGUUAAACCUAGAUUUUUUUUAUUAAGAUACGUUUUAUACAACCACGUGCAGAAAGUAAGCUGGAAACAGAGCACCCAUACAGGGUUCUGGAGACGAUGAUGCUCAAGAGAAAAAAAAAAAUUCUGCUUGAACAAGGGUUAGGAAAAGAUCGUGAUCACUAUUUGUUGUACAAUAUGUCUAAUUGUAUACAUAUUUUUCUUUAUACUUCCAUUAAUCUUGUUGAUAGAUGUGAAUUCGUUUUUAGUUUUCAUGUCAUUAUUGUGCCUGUGUUACACUAUUGCUGUUAAUAACAUUUAUUUGCCAUUUAUUGUCAAGUAAUUUUUAUCUCCCUUGACUAUUCAAACUUUACCAUGUAGAACAAUCUACACUAUGGAUACUAAUCUCUCUGAUUAUAGACAUGUUGCCCUGGAGUGUUACAAUGUUUAUUGCUGUUCAUACUACACCCUUAGGAGCCCCUGGCUAGCAGUGAACAUUCUGUGAAACAUAAAAGUGAACACCUACAGUUAGGGGCUCAAGCCUUUCGAGUGUUUACUGCUCCACGUGAUGUCAUGAUGGUGUAGAUAUUGCUGACCUUUACCUUGACCUGUCCAAAUAAUAGGGGAGUGAUACGCACCUGAACAAAACAGUGGUAGAGAAAAGACACCUAGGCCUGUUUGACUUCCCCUUGCUGAGUGAAUAAUGAGGCAACCUGUUGAACUAAACUGUACAAACACAGGACACAUGAAAUCCUAUACAUCAAUAGAUGCUGUCAUCCCUCACCUC